GCUGUGUUUACGUUUACUCCGAUUGUGCUUUUCCGUUCAAUUUAAAAUCUACUUCGGCUACGUUUUAUGGAUAUUGAUAGUGUCGUUUUAUUCAGUGACUUCGGCUUUUCUUAUACGGACUUCGUUGUGUUUUGUGAUUUGGACUUUUCGUUUGUGACACAAAAUGUUGCGUUGCUUGAACUGUGGGUUACGCGUUCAACGCAUACAGAGGCAUGUUGUUACAACUUUGCCUCAAGAGUUGCUAAUUAUCUUGUCUAUUUGGCUGAGAAUUGAAUAUCUCCCUAUGGAAGAUGUAAUAUGUCAUGCAUGUUAUGUAUUCUUACAAAAUGCUGAUGUAAACACAACUAGAAUAUUAGGUCAUACUAAUAUCUGUGCUGGCUGUGGCUGUUCUUUGAAUGAAGCUAGACUUCAUUCUCUCGAAGAAAAUGGACCAUUAUAUGAUUUUUUUCCAUGGAUUAGAUCAGUACAGAAUGGAAGAGAUAGCUAUGCUGUUUGUCAUAAUUGUUGGCGGCGAGCUAGCCGACAAUUUGAACAAGAUUCUCAACGAGAAAUGGCUAUACCACAAUUGCCACCUGUACCUGCUCCUGCUCCAGCACCUGCCCCUGCUCCGGCACCUGCCCCUGUCCCGGCACCUGCACCUGCUUCUGCCUCUCAGCUGGGCCAGAGAUCAGUUGGAAUGGUCAAUUUACCUCAUUACAAGAGAGCUGCUAGUACAUCAAGACACUGCAUUUAUUCCGACUGCGGUUAUGUACCUAUGCAUUUAAUACCAACAUUUAUUAAAAAUAUGUUAAUUGUAGAUUACAACUAUUAUGUGCCCCGGUAUUCACGUGUUUGCCAUCACCAUUUGUAUUCUAAUACUUGGCGUGAAUUACCAGAACAAUCAUCUUCAAUAUCAAGUUUUAGUAUAAAUCAAAUAGAAGAUUUAGUUAAUAUGGCAAAACAAAAAACUGUCACAUUUAAUUUUGAAUGUGUUGAAGAAAUGCCCAACCACAUAUGCCAUUAUUGGACUGGACUGGAAGUGUCUGAAUUCAUUAUUUUAUUUAAUGAGUUACCUUUAGCUAAUCAGGUACCAUCACCAAAAUCUGCUUUGGCUAUCUUUUUAAUUAAAAUGAGGACAGGGGACAGUAACAAGAGAUUGUCUUCAUUAUUUAAUAUACCUCGAUCAACUAUGGAGAGGCACAUGAACAUUGUACGCUUAUAUUUUAUGGAACAUUUUGUACCAUUACAUAUUGGAUUGCAGCAUCUUAAUAGAGAAGAUGUCAUAAGAAGAAAUCUAAGUAUUCCAAAUGCUUUGUUUGGCAAUCCAAAUGGCUCUGAUCAAACCAGACCUGCAAUCACAAUAUGUGAUGGCACUUACAUAUAUAUUGAAAAGAGUUCCAAUUAUUUCUAUCAAAAGGAAACUUAUAGUUUACACAAAUAUGUGAACCUCGUUAAACCAUUUCUUUGUGUGUGUACAGACGGGCACAUUAUUGAUGUGAUCGGCCCUUAUGCUGCCACUCAAACCGAUGCAGAAAUAAUGAAAGAUUUAUUUACUGAUGAAUCUGGACCCAUGCGAUCAUUUUACAGAGAGGGAGAUGUAUUUAUACUCGACCGAGGAUUCAGAGAUGCGAUCCCACUGUUGGAGGCCUGUAAUUAUAAUGUGCAGAAGCCUGAGUCGUUAAAUGAGGGAGAACGACAACUAACAACUAUUCAGGCAAACAAAAGUCGAUUAGUGACAUUAUGUCGAUGGGUAGUGGAAGUAGUCAACGGACGAUUUAAAAGGGACUUUAAAUUAUUUCGCCAGGAUUUUUUAAUAGAGCUCAUGCACAUUUAAUGAGUGAUUUUAAAAUUGCAGCUUCAUUAAUUAACAGAUUUCACCCCACGCUUCAAGAUCGGCCAGAUGCUUCUCUUAUUAUAGAAAGAGCCUUGAGGUAUCAACAUACUCCUAAUUACUUAGCAGAAUUUGUAACAAAUUAUAAUUUAAACAGGCGAUCGGUUA